UUGCUGAGCAACCGACGUCAACAGCGCCGCCGACCUCGCCAGGGCUCCGCUGCCUCUGGGAACCACCGACACAUCGACUCUGACCGUUCCACUCAUCCGAUGGAGGAGGACGACGAGCUCCACGCGGUGCUCGCCGAGCUGGCGGGGGACGAGAGCGCGGACCGGCUCCGGCGGGAGUACGAGAAGCUCGCCGACGCCCUGAGGAAGUCCCGGGACAACGAGAGGAGGCUGAUGUCCAAGUGCAGGGAGCUGAACGCCGAGGUGGUGUCCAGCUCCACCCGAGUGGCAGCGGCCCUCAAACUGUCCCAGGACGACGAGGCCACCAUCGCCUCACUGAAGAGGGAGCUGGAUAAAGCUUGGAAAAUGGUUGAUGCCGCUCAUGAGAAGGAGAAGAGGGACAAAGAGGCCAUCAAGAAUUUAAAAGAAGAAGUCGCCAACCUGACAAAUGUGACCGAACAACAAACGGGCUCCUCCGUGGAGCAGGAGCACAGGGAUCUCCUCAGAACCAACGAGGAGUUGACGACCGAGCGGGAUCGGCUGCUGACAACUGCGGAGGGUCUGAGAGAACAACUGAGCGAGGCCACUGUCGCCCGGCAGGAGGCCGAGGCCCGGAGGCAGAGUGCCGACGAUAGCAUCUCUCAGCUCCAGCAGGAGCUCCAGGUACAACAGAACGAGAUCUCCCGGGAAAUGAGGCUGAAGGAAAAGCUGGACAAGGAGGUGAAGCAGCUGCACGUGGACAUGGAGGCCAAGGUGAUGGACGUCAAGGCUCUGAAUGCUCAGGGCCAGAAGUCCAAAGAGGAGCAGCUGAGACUGGAGCAGCAGCUGAAAGAGCUGAAGGUCGUGAAUGAGCGAGUCGCCAAGGAGCUGGAGCAGCUGCAGGGGAAGAACACCAGGCUGCAGCAGGAGACCGAGCAGCUCUCUUCAGUCAGGGAGCAUCUGGCCCUGGAAAAUCAGCAGAGCGCCAAUCAGCUCAAGAUGAGAGAGGAGGAGGUGACUCAGAUGCGUCAGGAGAUCGCCAAGCAGACAAAGAUGAGGGAGGCCAUCCAGAAGAGGUUCCACCAGAUAGAGGAUCAGAAGGCUGACGUGGACGUGCAGAGGGAGACACUGAAGGCUCAGAUAGCGGGUCUGGAGAAAGAUCUGGAAUCCUCCCAAAAGCAAGUAGAAGCUGACAAGAAGGCCAUCGAUGAGCUGGUCCGAGAGCGAGGCAUCUUAAACAAGAACAUGAUCAAAACUGCGCAGUCGACGGAGAAACAGCAGAACCUCGUGAAGCUCCUGGAGCAGGACAAGAAGACGCUGGAGCAUGAGAUCAGUGGAUACCGGCAGGAGGCGCAGAAGCAACGCAAGAUCAUCCAACAGCUGGAAAAAGAACGGGACCGCUACAUCAAUGAGACCAGCAGCCUCAUGCAGAAGGUGCAACAGAGGAUGACUGAGGUUGAGGUGAGAGAGAUGGAGAUAUUUGAUUGGAAGAAGAAGGUCACUGAGGCAGAGUGCAAACUCAAACAGCAAGAGAACCUGCUGGAGUCUGUUGUGGCUGAACGCAACCUCUACAGCAAAAACCUCAUCGAGGCCCAGGAAGAGAUCGCGGAGACCAAGAGGAGGAUGAAGACCGUGAACAACCAGGUCACCCGGCUGAGAGACGAGAUCACGGGGAAGGAGCUGGCCCUGGCCAAAGAUCAGCAGGAGCACAGGCGCUUGGAGAAGGAGAACGAGUCGCUCAAGGGGGAGCUGCAGUUCCUUAAGAUGCAGCUGGAAGAAACAAAGCAGCGCGUUGACAGUCAAAAAGCAGAGCAGCAAAAACUUCAGAAGAUUAUUGCGGAUGCGGAUGCCGAGCAGAUCCAACAGAAGAAACAACUGGACCAGGUGAUCAGAGAGCGGGACAGCCUGGGGAAACAGCUGCUCCGCCGCAACGACGAGCGCGCGCUGCUGUUUGAGAAGAUCAGGAUCCAGCAGUCAGUCCUCAGCAAGGGAGACUUCCACUACAACCAGCGGGUGGAAGACAUGCGUCUGCUCAAGCUGGAGAUCAAGAGGCUCCGGCGCAAGAAGAGCAUCCUGGACAAGGCGGUGCCCAACGCUGAGGAGCUGAGGCAAGAGCUGUUCCACCUGCAGAGGGAGCUGCUCAGGGAAAGGACGAGAAACAGCGUGCUGGAGGAACAGCUGAAACCCAUAAACAUUCACCGAUGGAGGCGACUGGAGGGCAGUGACCCCGGCAGAUACGAGCUCAUCCAGAAGAUUCAGUCCCUGCAGAGGCGACUCAUUGCCAAGACUCAGGAGCUGGAGGAACACGAGCUCCUGCUCCAGGAGAAGGAGAAGCUGUACGUGGAGCUGAAGCACAUUCUGGCCCGGCAGCCUGGUCCAGAGGCAGCAGAGCAGCUGCAGCAGUGCCAGUGGACCGUCAGAGAGAGAACCAAGAAGCUCAAGGUGUUGGUAGCAGAGCUGAGAAUGCUCGACUCAAAGAUGAACGAGUACAAAAGUGAGAAUCAGAGGUUGGCCAAUGAGCUUGCGAACAUCAAGAAAAAGUACCUCAGUCAGAAGAAGCUCCACAGCGAGCAGAGGACCCGGCUCAGGGGGGAGCAGCUGGAACCUCUGCCCCAGCUGAGCAGCAGACCUCACUUCACCGGAGGAGGCUUCAAGAUCGACAGCCCCGGGAGAAGAUGACGGUCCUAUCAGGAGAUGUUAUGUGAUGUAGCUCUGGCGUAAGUCCAGUCAGGAGGACAACUCUCAUUCGUCGGCCGUUUAAUCCUCAGUCCUUCUGCCUUCCGUGCCCUCACACGUGCUCACUCGCAGCUUCAUGCCGUCAUUUCACUGGGCCGUCAUUUCAGUGAUCAGCUGUUCAUCAUCCAUCUCCCCAUGGAGUUCCUCCAGUGCCUUGAUCAAGACUUUGUCAUCACAUAUCAUUCUGUUAAAUCUGUAAUAAAUAAUUAUUCUUCAUCCCCUAGUCUCUCCCGAUUGACAUAUAUUUAGCCCUUGCUGUCUUGACUAAGCAAGGGCUUAGACAUGACUAACUGAAUGACCUUAGACAAAAUCAUGUAUGUCCUGAAAAACAGACAUGAUAUGUUUUUAAAGAUCUGGCAGUGUUUUAUUGAAUAUAUUGGAACAAUACCUCUAUCUAGUGUUGAUUUGCUUUAUCCUUUGGACUGGCUCCAAUAAAGACCAACACUGACAUCAGGGACUCUUUAUCAGUUGAGGUAUCUCAGUCACAGGUAUGUUAUUAUAUAAUAUAUGUUUGUGUGUGUGUGUGUUUUACCUUGUUUUCUGUUGUCUGUAUAUUAUGUUAUUGAGUCUUAGCGGCAAUAAGUUUGUUUUUGCAUAUUUGAAAACAUGGAUGGAGAAUAUUAGCGAUUCAUUUGUAAGUUUAUGUGAAGAUGAUUUGCUUUGUUUUUAUUGACAUAUAAAGCACCUUGAUUGGA